AUGGCGCCCGCCGCUCCCCAACUCCCCGCCCGGUUUCCAUGCUGGUGUCGAGCCAUAUACUCGUGGGGAGGCGAGACAAAACGUGAUCUGGGGUUUGUGGAAGGUGAUCUUAUCGAAUGUUUGAACGCAGGAGAUGGACAAUGGUGGAUGGGUCGAUUACGGCGCGACAGGCGCAUGAUGGGUCUGUUCCCAUCCAACUUCGUCGAGGUCCUUGGGGAGGACUUUGUACCUGUGACUAGGUCGACAAGCCCCAUGAUUUCCGCAACGGUCUCUCCGAUAACGAACCCUACUUCGGCGCCGAAGAAGACGAAGACCGUUUUCCGGAAACCAUUUCAGGCCCAUAGGGAAGCUCUUGCGCCCACGGGCGAGUUGUCUCGUGGCGGCAUGUCGUCUUCCCCCGUGAUGGCAAGCUCUAUUCCACAAACGCCACCCCGGGAUGGCAGCCUUUCUGGAAAGGUAAAACCAUUGCGAACGCCAACUACCGCAGUCAAGCACCGGAGCUCUGUAUCGAGGCCGCCCUCGCGGUCGCGGCCUCCAUCGCGCGCUGCGUCACCUCGUCCUCCAGCUGAGCCUGAUCCGCUCCUGUCAUCGAGCGCUCCGGCACCAUAUAACCCGCGCAUGAGACCCCCGUCUCGAGCACUUCACAUGCCACUGAUCCCUCCUGUGCGAACGACAAUGCAUCCCACUCCUCCAUCUCAUGCCGCGUCUCCCCAUAUCCCCGCCGACUACGACUACACGCCCUCGCCAUAUCCCGAUCGGCACGGUAUAGCAAUACCCGGGCGAUCUUCCCGAGAGAUCUCGCCCUUACAGCUGCAAGAACGGGAAGAAUCUCCGCCUCCGCCCCCGCCUCCGCAUCGCGUGGCAGUACAUCGACAGCCAUCUCCUGGGCCUCUUGUCCCAUCGCGGUUGGAUAUGAACGACCGUUAUGCUACCAUGCCCAGGACACCAUCGCCUGCUGCCCAUUCUGAGGGCCGCGGCCUUACGCCCUCUCCUCUCCGUGAUGCAAUGGAGGACGUUAUGACUUCACUGGAGGAUAUGGGGCUGUCUCGAAGCACGCAAUCACCAUCCCCACAGCCACAGACACAGCCACUGUUCAAUAACCCCUGGUCACCAGAUGCCUACGAAGGAUUGAAUCAGAGUCGACCCUUGCGAACUUCCAACCGACCCGUAACAUCGAUGGGAUUCGACGGGUACAAGGAAUAUCAACAACCUGGGAGCCAGAAACAUAGGAACAGCGUUUGGACGCAUGACCCCUAUCCGGAUGGCCCUCCGCAGCUGAACAAUUACGUACAAAGAAUGGAGAGCCGCCUCCGUCAGAUGCAGGAACAGAAUCGACAGGGCUCGGAGGAGAUUCAGCCAGAGGAGGACGAAGAGCCUCCACCGCCUCCUCCAAGAGGCGUCCCGUACCAUGGCCGACAUAACUCGAUUCCGGCACAGUAUCCAUAUCUUCGAGGACGACGAUCAGGACAGGACCUCCGUGAGGAUCUACUCAAUCGCAGCUACACAAAUAAGUCGAGCACCACGACUUCCUCGAGCGGGGUGCAAAGCAUCAGCACCAGUCUCACAGCCAGUACCGAGCGAACCAAUUUCAGUGUGAUGAGCGGUCCAUCAGCUGGUGGAUUUAGCGCAACAAGUGCCGGAAGCUACGCUAGGAGAAUGACGCCAGCUGAACGACCAAACACAGCGACUGAUACGUUCCGCUCUCGAGGGUUCAGCGAUGUAUCUCGGGUAUCUAGACCUGAGACGCCACUCACAGGGAUAUCAUAUCAUUCGAGCCACAAUACCUCUCGACAGGGCGCGUCUUCCGCCAUUCCAUGGUCUGCUGCUCAAGCUGCACCGGAAGAGACCGCAGGGGUGCUUGGGGGUCUAUCUACUCCAAAGGCCAAGAAACCGGGAUUCUUCAAGAAAAUCUUCGAGUCGGCGAAGACGGGAGCAGCUAACGCUCGGAGUAGCAUUGCGGUUGGUCAGAGCGGUGGUACUUUCUCCCCCUCUAAAGGACGAGGGAUCUCGCCGAUCCGUGCCUUGCAAUCUAGCCGGGACUCGGCUCGGGAUGCAGGAAGUGCCUCUGCCAUAGAUUGGGUGCAGGUGCGGCGUGAUGUCAACCGCGCCAGCUCUCCGAGUCACAAUGAGCGGGUUGAGAGAGCGGAGCGAUGCCAAAUGAUGGACCACCCAGUCAUCUACGCGGUGGAGGAACUCAACGAGACCGCGGAAGGUGACGAAAGCAUUGACGGGUUGCCCAUCAGCGAACCUAACAAUUUUGGCUCCUUCAAUCUCAGUCUGGUCGACAAGAGCGCCCGCUUCGUCAACAGUCUGCCACCAAUGACGAAUCCGGCCAGCCUUGCUCAUGGGUAUGUGUGUCGUCCGUACAAGAGUGAUAUUCAACGGUUGCGGGCUAUCUUCACCUGGGUUAGCGAGAAGAUUGCUUGGGACGAGCCGGUUGAAGAAAUUGGGAUCGACCUGAAACGUGUACUACAGACGAAACGGGGAAGCCCUCAAGAGGUUGCGUUUUUGGUCAAGGAGAUGUGUGCCGCCGUUGGUCUUCAUGCUGAAGUCAUCCGAGGCUUCUUGAAAACCCCGGGCGAAUUGCACGAAUACGACGGCGUUGCACGCGCGAACCAUUGGUGGAACUCAGUCCUCGUGGAUGGUGAAUGGCGCAUCAUGGAUUGUUCUCUAGCCAGUCCUACCAACCCGCAAAGGAAUCUAUUCGUCACCAACAACACUUCCGUGGCCGAGAGUUGGUACUUCCUAGCGCGUCCUCUAGAGAUCUGUUACACCCACCUUCCGCUCUCACCCCAUGAGCAGCACAUCUGCCCACCCAUCUCGCCCGAUGUCCUGAUGGCUCUUCCAGCCGCCUGCCCGCCGUACUUCAAGCUAAACAUGCAGUUCCCAGACUAUGAUACCAGCGUGGUCCGGAUCGAGGGACUAGAGGUCAUGCAGAUCCGUCUUCUCGUUCCCGCAGACGUCGAAUGCGCAGCCGAAGUCGAAGCGCCCGGUUUCGCCUGCGAUGCGGAUGGCGAUUGCUUCGAGAACGGAGAGACGGUGCGCAAACGGGCUCUCGUCCAGCCUGACUGGAUUAAUGGACAGAAACGGAUCACCGUCAAGGCGGUCUUACCGGGCGAUGAGGGACAAGGCAUGGUCAAGAUCUAUGCAGGCAAGAAGGGGCUCAUGCACUCCAGCCGAGACAUCCCCCAUCCCUUGGCUCUUGCCCUUCCUAUCAUUCACACGGGAGACAAUCCGCCCUACGACUUCGUGCUACGCCAUCCGACCCCUCAUGCCCAACGGCACGAUCUAUACAUCAUCCAGCCGCAGUGCGCCAAGCUGGCCGUGAGCAACACCUUUGUGUUUGCCGUGCGCCAGCACCCCGCUUCGUCCCCCUACCAACCGGGCGGCAGCGAUCUCGGGGUCAGUGGUGGUCGUGUGUCGCCGUCCGUCUACUCGCGGCCGGCCAGUGCCUUGAGCAUGGUGUCCAGCUCCGCGGGAGGAUCGUCGGUCUCCGCCGUCUCGAACGAGUUCUCGGCCUCCACCUCGGCCAUCUCCUCCGGUCGCUCGCUGUCCGGGCGGGAGAAGCCGGCCAAGCUGGCCAUCCAGUCUCCCUCGGGCAAGAUCCUGCGCUUGACGCGCAAAGCCGACCACAUGAUCAGCUCCAACAGCCUGGCCGAUUCCGCCACGGACGCCACGGCGGAUGGCAGCGUGUGGGAGACAGUCAUCAAGAUUGGGGAACGAGGUAUCUGGCGGGGGUUGGUUCUCGCCGACCGCGUUGCGCGAUGGUGUGUAUUCUGCGAAUGGGAAUGCUACUGA